UUUCCGACAAGGCCCGAGCGAUCCAGCAAACUGCACCCUCCACUUGGCAACAUCUCCACCGUCUAAAGCGCCCAAAAGAUUCUGGACCAAUACCAUAUAUCUUCUCAGACAGGGGCUGAUUUGGCCUUCUUCCAAAGUUGCACGUUUUCUAUCUAGCGUUCCUCUUAAAUUUGCACCCUCUUCACCAGCAUAUUAUAACUAAGAAAUAUCGAGAAAGCUACAGCCCAUUCUAAACCAGCAAACAUAGAGAAAGAGAGAAAAACCCUUAGAAGAAGAAGAAGAAGAAGAAGAAGAAGAAGGAAAGAGCAGCACGAUGAGUACCGUGACUCAUGAAGAGCAGCAUCAGAAAUAUAGCUUGAUAAAUUUUGAAGAGACUGAACUGCGCCUAGGGUUGCCUGGUGGAAUAGCUAAUCCUGGAAAGGAUGGAGAAGCUGCCAAGAACAAUGGGAAGAGAGGUUUCUCAGAAACUGUUGAUUUAAAGCUCAAUAUCUCAUCUCAAGAUGAGACAGCUGAUGAGGAUGAUCAAGAUCAACAACUACUGGAGUUGAAGAAGGAAAAGAAUGCUGCUGCACCUGCUCCCGGGGCAAAUGACCCAUCUAAACCCCCUGCUUCCAAGGCUCAAGUUGUGGGUUGGCCACCCGUCCGAUCUUUCCGAAAGAACAUCGUGACCGUCCAAAAGAAGAGCUCGGACGAGGGUGAAAAGGGCAACAGCAAUAUCAGUGCAGCAUUUGUAAAAGUGAGCAUGGAUGGGGCGCCCUAUCUGCGUAAAGUUGACUUGAAGUUGUACAAGAGCUACCAGGAGCUGUCUACUGCCUUGGGGAAAAUGUUCAGCUCCUUCACCAUUGGUAACUGCGGGUCAGAUGGAAUGAAGGAUUUCAUGAACGAGAGCAAACUGAUAGACCUUCUGAAUGGUUCUGAUUAUGUGCCUACUUAUGAGGACAAGGAUGGAGAUUGGAUGCUUGUGGGGGAUGUGCCAUGGGGAAUGUUUGUUGAUUCAUGCAAACGCUUGCGGAUAAUGAAAGGAUCUGAGGCCAUUGGACUUGCACCCAGGGCCGUGGAGAAGUGCAAGAACAGAUGUUGAAGUUGGUUCGCUGGCAUGGGCACAAUCAAAUGAAAGCAGACCGGCUCUAGAGGGAUGAUGGAGCACCAAGUUUGGAUGUGCCUGUGACUCUCUACCAUGUUUUUAUUUUAUCUUUUUCUUCUUUUUUUUUGGUCCUUUGAUGUUUUAAAAUUGUAAGGAAGAAUAUAUUCGGAGAUUUGUUAGGGACAAGAAGUAAAAAUAUAUUAUAGAAGAUGUUCAUAGUGGCUCAUGUGCAACUUUAUUUAUUAUAGAAGAUGUUUAAUAAUAAUAUUGCCAGUAAUGUUUACUUGUCAA